ACUGUGACGUCCUCACAGAGUUAUCUUGAGUCAAAGGUCAGAGCAGCUCGUUGACUGCGAUCAGUCUUUGUCUGACGGCCAUGUUGUCGCGAUGUUUGUGUCUGCUCGUGUGCCUGCAUUACUUCGGUGUCGUGAACACGGAGACCAUAUUCGUUGUGGACCCUAUACCUACAGAAGAUGAGCGUCGCUUUAUGCAGCAAUACGGCUACCUGUGGGAGGACGGGGGCGGGGCGGUGUACACGGCGGCGUCGCUGGCGGAGGCGGUGCGGCGCGUACAGCGGUUCGCCGGCCUCCCGCCCACCGGCCUCAUGGACCCGCAGACUAGACGGCUAUUCAAAAGUCGACGUUGUGGCGUCAAAGACAUCGAGAGUGCCGAAGAAAGAUCCAGAAGAUUGAGGAGAUACAUACUACAGGAGGGAUGGAAAAAGAGAUCCAUAACGUACAGGGUGCUAAAUGGUUCCCGCACGUUGGACGCGGCGCGCGCGGAGGCGUUGUUCGCGGCGGGUCUGGCGGUGUGGGCGGCGCCGAGCGGGCUGACCUUCUCCCGCGCUGACCCCGCCGCCCCCCGCGCCGACAUACAGCUCUCCUUCGCCAGCAGGGACCAUGGCGACGGGUUCCCAUUUGACGGCGCGGGGCGGGUGGUGGCGCACGCGUUCCCGCCCCCCCACGGCGCGAUGCACUUCGACGACGACGAGACGUGGGGCGACGGCAGCGCGGCCGAUGACGACGACGACGUGACGGACUUCUUCGCCGUCGCCGUGCACGAGAUCGGCCACGCGCUCGGGCUGUCGCACUCCGGCGUGCGCGCCUCCGUCAUGUACCCCUACUACCAGGUGCCGGUGCAGCACCUGCACGACGACGAUAUACAGGGACUCCGCGCGCUAUACUCUAAUCUGCCAUCCACCGAGCUGAGUGUAGCAGAGCCACACACUGCCAGCUCGUACGCGCCGCCGUUCACGCGCGCAGACGCGGGGGCGGAGCGAGAUGAGGGGGCCGGGCGGGACGCGGGAGCGGGGCGAGACGUGGGGGCGGACACGGGGGAGGAGUACGAAGAGGAGGAGGACAUCCCGGACCUGUGCUUCACCAACUACGACACGCUGCAGGUCAUCCAGGGCAAGAUAUACGUCUUCGAGGAGGAGUGGGUGUGGGUACUGGAGGGGCGCAAGCGCGUGGCAGCGGGCUACCCGCGGCGCUGGCGCGAGCUGUUCCCCGGCCUGCCGCGUCACGUCACCCAGGUCCGAGCUAUAUACGAGAAGCGGGACGGACAUAUUGUGUUGUUUAACAAGCGCAAUUUCUGGGAGUACUCGGCGGAGUUCCGGCUGGUGCGUCGCGGGCGGCUGACGGAGUACCGGCUCCCGCGCACCGUCGCCGAGCUCACCUCCGCCUUCGUCUCCAACUACAACAAUCGCACAUACCUGCUCGAGGACGAGCGGUAUUGGAGAUUGGAUGACGGAUUAGAUCGCGUAGACGGCGGCCAUGUGAACGCGCGCCGCGCGUACGCCGGCCGCAUGGACCCCGGCUACCCGCGCGACAUGUCCGCGUGGCGCGACGUGCCCUACCCCGUCGACGCCGCACUCGUCUGGGAAGGAGAUACAUUUUUCUUCCGCGGCCCCCGUUUCUGGAGGUUCGAUAACACGCUGGUGCGCGCGCACGCGUACUACCCGCAGCCGACCGCGCCCGUGUGGUUCCCGUGCGCCACCACACAGGACAUGAUCGCCUAUCUCACUAACGACGACCGGUAGACGGUCGGACGACAGAAACAUUAGAUAAGUAUAUGUGAACCAUUGAGUUUCGUGUCUUGCGACAGCUAUGGUACAGGAAAAAAUAGAAUAACUGCUGUCAAUUGCUUGUAACAUUGUCGUUCUAAAGUACUAACCCCUUUAGUAAUAACAAAGGGUACACAAUGAAUGAGCUUCACAAUGUUUUGUCUUUGUCUUUCAAGUGCCUAUUUCGAUGUAUCAAACAAGGACAAAAUUGUAUAGUGUAUCCGCAUUCCGCUACAUGAAUAUUUAUUUAAUAAGUGGUUACAGCAAUAAUUUAAAAGAAAGCGUGGAAAUAAAUCCUAGCUAUCAAAAUAACAGAUGUGAGACCGUAUCAUAUCCCCGGACCCCGCCUCAGUCUGUCUAGUCUACAUCUACGAAUAAUAAAAACUAGUCUACAUACACAAGAUUGUAUUUUGUAGAAAAAGCUUUAAAAAUAAACGUGUAAAUCAGAAAAUUACAAUAUA